GACCUUGAGUAUGCGGAUGAUAUUCUCUUACUGUGCGAUAAUGCCCAAGCCAUGCAAUCCGCACUUAAUCAGUUAGCAAUCAGUGUACCUACCCUCCGGAUAGAAACAACGUAUAUGUUAUCUAAAAUUUCCUGCAUCUGUUAUGUUUCCCAUUAGUAUCAACUCACAGCUGGUUAUUUUAAAAAUGUAAAUAAUACAUUGUUGUUAAAUAACCUGGUAUUUUAAUACUGUGUGUUUUAUUUCAGACCCAGGAGCAAUAUCUUCAACUGAUAGCAUUUUCAGUUCCAUUAUAACUGUAUACAAUUCAAUUUUUGUUUUUAGUGAAUAGAUUUUAAAGUUUUCAAAUCAAUUUCGUAGAUUACCAUCCUUAAAAUCUAUCAGAAUCAUUAACAUUGAAUGUUAAGUAUAAUUCGGACCAGAUGAACCCCUCACAUGUUGUAUUCGUUCCCAUAGGGUUGAGAGACAUUAUAUAGCCAUUACUCUCAUAUCUAAUAUAGUAUACUAAGUUCAUUCGUUCUUUAUUUGUUUUGGAAGCGGAUUUCGUUCUAAAAAGCCGCGUUAAGAUCAAAUUGAUAGUUGUUUGUAAAAUGUACUCUAAUGUAACAGAGUAACUAAACAUGUCUAAGUUCCUAACUUUAAAUCAUUCAGUUUGUGACAGCUGGUGAUACUAUCCGUCUGUCAAAAUUCAAAUAGAUAAGAUGGAAUAUGAAACAACCAAUCGGUAGCUGAAAGUUGACAAAUUUAACCACUAAUUUAAUAAUUGUAUUUUUACUGUGAAUGAGUAAGUUUGAAAUUUUUGGACUGCUUUUUAUGUAUUACCAUCACUUGUUACCAGUAUCGAAAAGCUAUAAAUGUACAAUUAUGAUAAUAUAAAUAUACAUAUCACUUACUUUCUAUGCUUUUCUUGCACUCCUAGUUACGCCAAACAAUAAGCUUUACGGUGGAAUUUGAAAAAUUAUGGUGUUCCACUUUACCACAGAGCUUAUGAAUUUCUUUAUAGCUUGAAAAAAUAUGUCAGCUUAUCGAAUGUAUCGUUUAUUUUAUCAAAAGUUUCAUUUCUACAACUGUUGUAUAUAUACCAUUCAGGGAAGAUUUUUCAGUAAAUCAAAUUAUAAAAUUACUACAUUAUUUGAAAAUGCAACAAAACAGGAUAUUUCGAGAUCAUACAUUAACUCUGUUUUAUCACCAUUAGGUGAUUUUACUGUUUCAGUUAGUGAUUGUAGAGAUAUGAACAACAAAUUACCUUCAACUCACUUAUCAUUUUGGCCUUGUCUUCUGAACUACGCUAGUUAUCAUGAUUGUCCUGAAUUAAGAAGAUCAUUAACCAACUACAUUUUGAGUGAUAUAAAUGAACAUAGCAAUGCUACAUUAAUGUGUACAUUAAAAUUGUUAGGCAUUCAAGAACGUUAUACUGAAUUCAAAAGUUUGUACGAUUAUUUUUUGCUUCGAUUAAAUGCCGUAGAAAAAAAAGUUUUUCAAAAUGAUAUAGCGAAAUCGGUCGCACGGACGCCGUUUUGGAGAGACACACCUGAAUUAUUAUUCUCUUCAGAAACGAAGGAAUGUGAUAAUUCAGCAAUUUAUGAACAAAUGUGUUCUUCCGCCUUAAAAUUUGAUACUAUCUCUUCUUUUUUUGAAUGUAUGCACAAACUAAAUGGUUCACCACGAGAAAAUGUUUUCUAUGAAUUUUUUAAUAAGUUAAAUGGGCUAAAAGAAGAAGAAUCUGUUCGUUUAGUCAGUCAGUUAUUUCAAAUAAUGCAAACACAUCGAUGGAUAAUUACUGAUGAGAUUGCUGAAUGUAUUCAACGUUGGUUUGCAAAUUUGAAGCAUGAACGUUGGUCAGGAGUUUUAUCUGCAUUUGUUAAUAGAGGCUAUUUAUGUUCAGUAUGUAGAAAAAGUCUACCACCACCAGACAUGUCACAGUUUCAUUUUUCCCGAAUGGCUGAUGCAUUUUAUGAAACAGUGAUAAAGGGGACAGAUAUUGAAAGUUUAUAUCUAACAGCAACAUCGAAUGAAGUUAUGACUCUAAAACGAUUUGUUGAUUCUCAAAGUGAACCCUUAGAUUGUAUUAUCGAUUUUAUGAAUCUUAUGAAUAUGCGCAAAUUUCUCUCUUCCGAUUCGUCAGGAUUGCAGGUUGCUGAGGUAACUUUAAUUUGCUCAACAAGUUUUGAGACAGAUCAACAAAGAUUUCAAUCUUCGGCGUUUUUGUUUUGUCAGUAAAGGGAAUACAAUCAUACGUAAAUCAGAGUUUUGGAAUCCAAUUAAAAUGUUAGGAAAUCAGUUGGGUAUUUCUGUUCAAAAAUUCUGUACAAAUUCUUCAUCAGAAGACGAUGUAUUCCUCCUCUAUAUGGCGAUGAAGUCUGGUCCACAGUGUUAUAUAGUAUCUAAUGAUGAAUUCAAACAAUAUCGUUUUUCAUCAGGUCCAGAACUUGGAGAACAAAUUUCUCGGUGGCAAUCUCUCAGACAACUUGUACUACAACGUCGUGGUCGGAUAUACCAAAAACCCUCAAAGUGUGACUUGUGUGUACAUGGUAACCUAGAAACCGGUUGGCACAUCCCUUAUUAUAAAGGGGACCACCAGAAAUUCUACACUGCAGUCGAUUCGUGGCUUUGUUUACAUCGUUUGAAAUAAAUUUUUGCGGCAAGACAUUCGUUUUCAUAGUUCAUACCCUUAAACAAUUUUUAAGUGUAAAUACAUAAAAAAUAUUUUGAGUUCGUUGUCAAGUCUCAAGUUUACAUCAUAAUUUUCCUUUUAGUAGUUGGUCCAGUACGGUACUUUCCAG